AGGAUUUCAAGAAGUGAUGGCAGUAGCUGAAAUGCAUCAUGACGUGGAGCCUUCAGCAGAGUCUGGAGUCGUCUUACCCCCAGGAUCUUCCCUUGUAUGAGUUCGUACAUUGAGCCACUGGAGUCGUAUUACCCCCAGGUUCUUCCCUUGUAUGAGUCCGUACAUUGAGCCAACCAAAGACAUUUGCAAGGACUAGACCUUAUUGAGAUCAAGAUGUGUUGUUGUGGGGUCAUUGAGAUCAACACAUAGUUAUUUGGGCUUAUUGAAAUCAACAUGUUCUCAUUGAGGUUAACACAUGGCUCUUUUAAGUACAUUUUGUCAUAGGUAGUACUAUUGUAGUUACAUAGAAGACUGACUCAAAAUUAUUACUAUUUGGAAAGCCUGAAGUGAUAGUCAUUCACUUUUUUUUUAGUAAACCUGGUGUAAAUUAGAUAUAAACUUUGACAUCAACAAAAUCUUGAAAUUUGGGUAUUAUUGUAAUAUUCUAUAAUUACAAAAUUAUUACAAAAAGAAACAC